UCUAGGCUGGAGAAUCCCGGGGACGGGGGAGCUUGGUGGGCUGCCGUCUAUGGGGUCGCACAGAGUCGGACACGACUGAAGCGACUUAGCAGCAGCAGCAGGGAUGGGUGAGGAAGAUGGGGACCGAGGCUCGAAGGUGCACAGGGAGGUCAGUGUCCAAAGAGUCGGAAGCGGAGGCCGAGCCCCGCCUCAAGGGCUGGCGGCGCUUCUGCCACCGAUCGCAAAACCACUCGAAGCGGCACCAGCGAGUGGAGCGCCCGGUGGACGACUUGCCCAAGUUAAGACCCGAAAGUGAAAUUACUUCCUCGGGUGCCUUUCACUAAGUCGCAAACCCUCCCCACCUCGGGAGGUGCAGAAACCCAAGCUUCCUCCAACGAGGUCCGUCCGGGCUGGCAGAAACUGGUUUGAAGGAGGCGCGAGGGCUCGGGGCCCCCGGCAGGAGCCCGCAGCCGCCCCGGUCGCACUCGGAGACCUCGGCCGCCCGGCCGUGCGGUUGUGCAAGCGCCGGGCGGCAGCCGCCGGGCGAGGGCGGGGAGGCGCGCAAGGCGCAGCCCCGAUGAACUCCGGCGAGCCAGCCUUCCCCGGGGGUUAUCUCCGGGGUGGAGUCUGCGGCGUUCCCGCCCGGGGAGCCGCGCACCGGUCACCCGAGGCCCGGGCGCCCUCGCUCACCUCGCUGACUGCAUCCUCUUCCCACCCCCAGUCACCCCGCCCCGGGCCCCGCGCCGCUCCCGGCCCGGCCAGCCGCAACCCGGUCCGCCCCACCGAGCGCGUUCAUUGGCCACCCGGGGCGGCCGGUCUCCAUAAAUACAUGGUCCCCGGGCAUGGAGCGGGACAGGGGGAAAGCGCAGCGCCAGCAGCAUCUCUUCUACCCUCCUGGACACCUCCACUUCGGCUCCACAGCUGGAAGUAAGACUUAACACCAACAGGCGAACUCACGUCCGUCUUCCUUCUUGCAAGAGACAGCCAGCUCCCCACUGCGCUCCUCCAGCCCCUGUGGCCGGCGCUCGGCGGGCAUCCGCUCCCUGAGACUGCAGCACGGUGCCGCGUGCAGCAUCCUCGCCCAGCUCCUGACGGCUCUCUGUCCCCCUUCCGCCCUUCCCUCCGCACCUGCUGCUCCGCCUUGCCGCUUUUUCUCUGUGUAUCAAGACCCCGAAGCUCGCCGGCGCCUCUUUAACAAGCUCGCCCUGCCCAGUGCCCACCUUCCCAGGAGCCCAGUGUCCUCCGCUGCCAUGAGCUCACCCAUUAGCAAGAGCCGCUCCCUUGCCGCCUUCCUGCAGCAGCUUCGCAGCCUGGGGCAGCCACCCAGACUCGUGACAUCGACGGCGUGCUCGCCCCGUCGGCCGCGGGAGGUGCCCCUCUGCCCCGUGAUGGAACCGGGCGAAGCGCAGGACGCGGCCACCCUGCCCGGUCCCACCAAGUGGCCACUGCUGGGCAGCCUGCUGGAGAUCCUCUGGAAAGGAGGCCUCAAGAAACAGCACGACACGCUGGUCGAGUACCACAAGAAGUACGGCAAGAUUUUCCGCAUGAAGUUGGGUUCCUUCGACUCGGUGCACCUGGGCUCGCCGUGCCUGCUGGAAGCGCUGUAUCGCACCGAGAGCGCGCACCCCCAGAGGCUGGAGAUCAAACCUUGGAAGGCCUAUCGCGACUAUCGCGAGGAGGGCUACGGGCUGCUGAUCCUGGAAGGGGAAGACUGGCAGAGGGUCAGGAGUGCCUUUCAAAAGAAACUAAUGAAACCGGUGGAAAUUAUGAAGCUGGACGACAAAAUCAACGAGGUCUUGGCUGAUUUCAUGGGUAGAAUAGAUGAGCUCUGUGAUGAGAGAGGCCGCAUUGAAGACUUAUACACUGAGCUGAACAAAUGGUCUUUUGAAAGCAUCUGCCUUGUGCUGUAUGAGAAGAGAUUUGGGCUCCUUCAGAAGAACGCAGGGGAGGAAGCUUUGAACUUCAUCAUGGCCAUCAAAACAAUGAUGAGCAUGUUUGGAAAGAUGAUGGUCACCCCGGUUGAGCUGCACAGGAGCCUCAACACCAGGGUGUGGCAGGCACACACGCAGGCAUGGGACACUAUCUUCAGAUCAGUCAAAUCUUGUGUGGACAACCGGUUGGAGAAAUAUUCUGAGCAGCCCAGCAUGGAUUUCCUUUGUGACAUUUAUCACCACAAUCAGCUUUCAAAGAAAGAGUUGUACGCGGCCGUGACGGAGCUCCAGCUGGCUGCAGUGGAAACGACAGCAAACAGCUUAAUGUGGAUUCUCUACAAUUUAUCCCGUAAUCCCCACGUGCAACAAAAGCUUCUUAAGGAAAUUCAGAGUGUGUUGCCUGAGAAUCAGUUGCCACGGGCAGAGGAUUUGAGGAACAUGCCAUAUUUAAAAGCCUGUCUGAAAGAAUCUAUGAGGCUUAACCCGAGUGUCCCAUUUACAACUCGGACGCUCGACAAGGCAAUGGUUCUGGGGGAAUAUGCUUUACCCAAAGGAACUGUAUUGGUUCUAAAUACCCAUGUGUUGGGAUCCAGUGAAGAAAACUUUGAGGAGUCAAGUCAGUUUAGGCCUGAACGGUGGCUUCAGGACAAGAAAAAGAUCAGCCCUUUUGCCCAUCUUCCAUUUGGUGUUGGGAAAAGAAUGUGCAUUGGUCGCCGGUUAGCUGAACUCCAGCUCCACCUGGCGCUCUGCUGGAUUGUCCGCAAAUACGACAUCGUGGCCACAGACCUCGAGCCUGUGGAGAUGCUGCACUUGGGCAACUUGGUGCCCGGCCGGCAGCUCCCUGUCGCCUUCUGCCAGCGAUAAGAAGCCUCAGGUGGGCAGCAGGGGUGCAGAGUGGCCAAGCGAUUUUUGUUGUUGUUGUUAAUCAAAACAAAAGCAGCAAUUUUGACCCUCCUGCAAGAAGGAAGUUUUGGGCUUCUGCACGACUGAAAAGCAAAGGUGGAAAACCAUGAAACGACACGUAAAGAGCACUCAGGCUCAGACGUCACACUCCGUCUUCUGCACAGUUGCCCCAGAAGCCACACUGUCUGUGUCGCUGAUGGGGUUAAGAUUGCAUCUGGCUCAGGGAAAGCAGACCGAGUGCUGGAAGACCAGGCCCUCCACAGGGAACACACGCUGCACACACGUGACUUACGUAACUGAUGUCGGCACGCCCUGACUGCACAGACUUGCUCGUCUUGCUGUUUCGUCUCGCAUCUUCCAUGACACGAUGGAGCAGCUGGGUGCUUCUCUGUUAGGCAGAGUCACUGCAUGUCUCUGUCCCUGCCAUGUCAGACUCCCCGCUGGAAUCUUCGCUUCUCAAAGUUUACACUUCACAGUGGAAGACCUCCUAUAGCUGGAUUGUCAGUGGCUCAGCGUAAUAUUGGCAAUCCAUUUAUUGUAACUCUAAUAUAACGUUUGGGGAAAUACUGCGUAAUAAUGGAAGCAAAAGUAAAUAUUUGUUCAUAUUAUCUGGUCUCUAUAAAACUUUUUUUUUCUUAUUUUGAAAUGGAAACAUUAUUGAAAAAUUAGAGAAAAUCUCUAUGUUAAGAACAACUUUAAUGAUGUCAAAAUUCCUAUUCAAGGAUGUGUUAGUGAUUUAACAGUGCGUCCUUGUGUUAAAGGAUCCUGAAAUUAUUUAAUUAUGACAUUGCGUCUAUGUAAUCUAUGAUAUUAAGGUGUGGAUCAGGUUUUUAAAUUGUGUGUGUAUUCUAAUGGCAAUUUGCUUACAUCAUUUAAAAAAAUGUGUAUAUAUUAUUUUAUUUAGGAUCUGAAGUUUAUUUAGGGCAAUGUUCUAAAGUUUAGUCACAGCUUAAAAAUACUCGGUGAGGUUCCCUGCCUUAAUUUUCCCAACUGUAGAAUGGGUUAGUAGUAAAGUGUGCAUGCAUUAUAGACUAUGUAACUCAUGGUAUGUGAUUUGAACUCCUUGGGAAAUUGUGAUUUCAUAAAUGGAAAAUACAUACAGAUUUAAGCAAUACUUAUAAAACUUUCUUAAAAAGUAUGUUUACAUAUCGUCUAUGUGCAUGGUUUUACUACUUUUCCUAAAAGCAUACCAUAUAUUUCUGUAUAUUUGAUAAAUAUUUCCCUUUUUAGGUUGCAUCUUUAGACUAUUUCAUAAGUGUACAUGUAUAUCUUCAUACAUGAACAAAUAUGUACAUAUCAUUGAAAUGGGUAUAAGCUUCCUGUUGUGAAAGUUUUUAGAAUUAUAAAUCCACAUGUGUUGUCAGAUUUCUUCUGUAGAUCUUCUUUGAAUUCUCUGAAAGAAUAAAAUCUUUAAAAUACAA